CGAGAAGGGGAAGCCGGGCGGACGGGUUACAGUCCGAGCGUCGUCUGCGGAAGGAGGAGGAGUUGUAGGAGUGGGAGGAGGUCGUAGAGGAGGAGGAGGAGGGGCAGGGGCAGGGGAAGGGAAGGGGAGGGCAGGGCAGGGCAGGGCAGGAGGAGUGAGUGAGGUGGUGCAGCGGGAGCGACGAUGAAUGGGGUUGCGUUGCUUUGUUCGGUUGGUCGGCCUUGAAAACUGGUCAAUUGUUGCGGACGAGGACGAGGAGGUGCUGGCUGGCGGGCGGGCCGGGGAGGUCGGUUGCUCAUCAGGGCUCGUCGUGUGAUACGGGCGGUGGUGCUACGGUGGUGGUUCGGCGCUGUGAAGGUUCUGGUUCUCUCUGUGUGCUGUGUGCUCUGCGUCGAGCGCGGCAGGAGGUAGUUUUGUUCGAGAGAGUCCGUUGCGCUCUGUCAUUCGGUUGCGCAGGCGCUCUGCUUUGCUCUGCCCCGGCCUCCGCUCAAAUUAUUGUGGUUUGGAGUGACCUUUCGGAUCUGUUCCGUCGUCGCGCUCGCUCGAUUAUUUAUCGUCCUCUCUGGUCGGCUCAUCAUCGCCCCUCAUCCCGCUCGCGCCAGCCGGGAUGAAGGAACGGAAGCGCCAUGGGGCCGGUUAGAGGGACUGGAACUUUCGGUGUUCAUGAGGCUCUCGCCCGCGCUCUAUGGUGGGCGGACAUGAAGCUUUACAAGGUUCUGCUUCCACGCACUCGAGCUCGUUGAUCCUUGGCUUCCGAGGCCCCGUGUUUCGCUGUCAUUUCCUUCACUGUGAAACUCACUCUUUCUCGUGCGCCCAUCACCCAGUUCUCAGGUAGCGUUGCAGGUAGGAAGGAGCGAGCUGGAAGACGUCCCACUUAAUCAAGGCUUUGCACCACUCGAACGCCCGACCGUCGCGGACUAUCGGUAUCGAGGCCGAGUGCUGUCUAGUCCAGAAAUCAAGUAGCUCGUCUGAUGGAGGGGGGCCACUACAGGGUUCAACAUAAGAACAACUGUCCUCUCUUAUGGUUCCAUUCGGAUAGUAGAUCGAGUUCCGUAUUCUAUGGCCUUGUGAGGGUGGCGGCGGUUAACAGAAGCAAAAGGGUGAGCGAAUGCGAACUCGCGUUAAUUCCGGCUGCAGAAGGAUGGUUUGGAGCACAGAACUAGCGUUUCCAGCGUCAGGUAUUAAAGUAGCCACAUCUUUGGCAGGCGACAGUAAACCGGAGAAACGAUCAGGGAACUGCUAUUGUCAUUUCGUUGCAUCUGGAAUAAGCUGACCCGUACAACGAACUGGACUUGUUGCGGUUUACGGGCCUGAGACGGUCUACUUAGGAUGCACCACUAGAUACAGAACUCCGAAACCUGGGUGGUGCAGUUUGCCUUGAACCCAGGACCGGGAACUCGGCAAUGCGACAAUGGACGAUUCCGACUUCCUCUCGGAGAUCUUUCGUUGACGCAAUGUGGUAGGGCUCGUCGCCGGCUGCAUUGGAUUUCCAGGUAGAGACGAGGUAACGCGAGCCAAAGAUAUGCUUGCGUAAAGACAGGUUCUUGUUGCAGGCCUUUUUAGGUUUGAGAAGGUCGUGUGGUUUCCUUAUUGGUAUGGCAUCGUAAGCAGAAGAUUAUUUUCUGAAAAAGCUAGGCGGAGUCGGGGCUUGCACGCAAGAUAGUUGCGUGACACGCUACAUGCUGAAGACGUAGUACUAGCGUUUACACGUGAUCUCAAUCAUAUCCAGCCAUGGCGGAUUCGGUCAAUGCCAUUCUGGAGUACUUGCGGAAGCACAAUUUCUCGGAGGCAGAAAACGCCCUUAGAUCAGAACUCACCGCAAGGCAGACGGUAAAUGGUCCUCUUCCUCUCCCACUCGAGGAUGAUGCGGACCUCAAUGUCAACGUAUUUCACAAGGCGAUGCAAGAGAGAGAUGCUCAACAUCAAGGAAUCAUCUGCCCCGAGCCUGAGUUUAUUCUAGCGUCUCCGGAGAGAUCGAAAGGCGCACAGGCAGGGUUCAAUUUUAUACACAGCAAGCCAGAACCGCUCGAUGGUAUAGGUUUCCGGGAGAGUUCUCAACAACUCUUCGAGGAGAAGGCAGUGUUCGUUGAUUCUGGGAUUGAAAAACUCAGCUCGCCAACUUCCCCCAGGUCUCCGAGGCACGAAAAGUUUGGUGCCCAACUCCCGGCAGGCUCUGCCCUCGAAAAAGUCAACCCUUCAGGAGAUGUACUAGGGUUACAAACUGGUCUUCAUGGAUCUGAUUUUAGUCGUGGACCUCAAUAUAAGAAGGCAACAGCUGUCACUAAACAGCCGAAGAAACAUCUUGAAGAGGCCUCUGUUCGGAGAGAGGGAGCGACUUCUAUAUUUGGUGAGCAGGUUUUCCACAAUGAUGCGCCUCGUUCAGGGGAAGAUUUGAGUCUUCAUGUCGUCACAAGCGACGUGAUUCGACCAGUACCAAGGAAGCUCGAAGAUGUGAGCUUUGAGGAAGUAAGAUUGGUGGAAGCCCACCAAAUGCACGAAGACGCAGUUGAGCAGAUUGGAAGUCCUCAAUGGAUUGGCACUUUGCAGCAGGAUAGACAAGGGGUUCCGCCCCCUGUUGUGGUCGUGGCUCCGAAGACAAUCAAGCCUUCAACGAAGAGACCUAGUUCUGAUCAAGAUAAACGAGAUGUAUUAAACGAAGUCCCGGACAACGGAGUUCAGCACGAAAAUGGUGGUCACCACCUUGAAAAGCCAAUGCUUGUCCGCGAUUUAAUUGCCAACGAACGAGCUAGCAAAGGGCAAUCUUCUGUAGAAGAUGCCGAGAAAGCUCACCAUGGGAGGAGUGGCGGAGGUUCUCAUGCUUCCAACCUCAAAGAGAAGGGGAUAGUCGAGAACGGUGGGGUAAGUAGAGACAGCACGUCCAUAACACCCUGGAAGGAUGUUCCCAUCAAGACCAGCUUUCCUUUCUCUCCUCCAGAGUCUUCGUCUACCUGUGAGCUGCCUAUUGUGGAAACAUUUGUUGUUGAAGGUGUCAAAUGUCCACCACGGGAAGAAAAACCACCACAAGAAAAGACGAGAGCCGUAGAGGUGUCGAACAAUGUACAUAGUGGUAGGGGAUCUAGGGAACGUUCUAGGAGCGCAGACGGAGCUUUGAAGGUUUUAGAAGGGACGUCGAGGAGCUUCCCUGAUGUCCAAGAAGAAUUGCCGAGGCUGCCACCCGUUCGACUUAGGUCAGGUGAUACGAAGCCAACAGAUUCCGGAGGUGCCAAUUCGAGGCCAUCUGCCGACUCAGGACUUUUCGUGAAUAUUGGAGGUUCUGCCGAAGCUGCGUUCGGAUUGGGAUCCUUUUUGGACAUUCCUGUUGGCCAGGAUGUGUCGUCUUCAGGGGCAAGGAGGCUUAGUGGAGGUAGCCGUCCAUCUGUGAGCCAAGGCAUUGUCGAGGAUGCUUCGGAGAGGCUGUCGGGUUUUGCAACAGUUGGGGACGGUCAAAGCGAGUCUCUUGUAGAGUAUCCUGACGAGUACUGGGACUCUGACACAUAUGAUGAUGACGAUGACCCUGGCUACCACAGGCAGCCAAUAGAAGAUGAGGAAUGGUUUCUAGCUCAUGAAAUUGACUACCCCGAUGAAAGAUCUAGCCCUGGGUUGGAGAGCAGUCGAAGCCAUCAUGACAAGGAUUUUGCACGAUCCACCGAUGGCUAUGGGAGUGGAGAACUCAAAGAAGGGGAUGAUGACGAGGAAGUGGAGAUGAAUAACAUCAACAAGGAGGAAGCCGAUGCUGUGGCAGCUGAUGACGAGGAGGCCGCUGCUGUUCAGGAGCAGAUACGAAGAAUACGAGCUGAAGAAGAGGAGUUUGAAACAUUCAAUCUCAAGAUCGUACACAGGAAAAACAGAACUGGGUUCGAGGAGAACAAAGAUUUCCCAGUGGUGAUAAAUUCCGUAAUCGCUGGACGGUACCAUGUUACUGAAUACUUGGGAUCAGCUGCCUUUAGCAAGGCUAUUCAAGCGCAUGAUUUGCAUACAGGAAUGGACGUUUGUAUGAAAAUCAUCAAAAAUAACAAAGACUUUUUUGAUCAAAGUUUGGACGAGAUCAAACUACUGAAAUAUAUCAACAAGCACGAUCCUGGAGACAAGUACCACGUCUUGCGUCUAUACGACUAUUUCUAUCACCGGGAGCAUCUCUUCAUAGUUUGCGAGCUUCUCCGAGCCAACCUGUACGAGUUCCACAAGUACAACCGAGAGUCUGGUGGGGAGGUUUACUUUACAAUGCCUCGACUCCAGUCGAUAACACGGCAGUGCCUGGAAGCGUUAGAAUUCAUUCAUGGACUUGGCCUGAUACAUUGCGACUUGAAGCCUGAAAAUAUACUGGUAAAGAGUUACAGCCGCUGUGAGGUGAAGGUGAUCGAUUUGGGUAGUAGCUGUUUCCAAACAGACCAUCUGUGCUCGUACGUGCAGUCGCGAUCAUACAGGGCUCCUGAAGUCAUUCUGGGACUUCCUUACAAUCAAAAAAUCGAUAUGUGGUCACUAGGCUGCAUAUUGGCAGAGCUUUGCUCGGGGAACGUUUUGUUUCAAAACGACUCUCUUGCGACUCUUUUGGCUCGGGUUGUUGGAAUUCUAGGACCUAUUGAUCCAGAAAUGCUGUCGAAAGGUCGCGAUACACAUAAAUUUUUUACAAAGAAUCACAUGCUUUACGAGCGAAAUCAGGACACUGAUCAACUGGAGUAUCUUCGACCAAAGAAAACAUCCCUUUCGCAUAGGCUACCCAUGGGGGAUCAAGGGUUUGUCGAAUUUGUUGGAUACUUGCUUCACAUUAAUCCAGCAAGCCGACCUACAGCAGGAGAAGCUCUCAAACAUCCAUGGCUUUCUUACCCAUAUGAACCUAUCUCCGCUUGAGAGUUAUCUUUCAAUCAAGUCGUAUGGUUCCUUCCUUCCUUCUCUCUCUCUCUCUUUCUGCCCUGUCUCUCUUUGUAGCAUAUUUCUUAGGAGACGAUCAACAAUUCUUUGCUGGAUGCUGCACUUAUUGUAGCAGUAAGCUUUUUAGGGCAACUAAAUGUUCCUGUCUCCUUCCUUCCAUGUCAUAGGGUUUUUGCCAAGAUCAGACUAUCUUUCCCCUUGAAGUGGCAGCAAUGGAGGUUGUCUCGGGACAAGAAUAAGGUUAUUCUGUCCCAUAUUGAUUCCGUCAUACUUUGUAGCCUUUGUUGCUAUCGAGCUUCUGAAGUGAUUUAGCUCAAGGUCUUCUUCCUGUAGAUUGCAAAGGUUUAGUAGUCUGAUGGGAGGAAGCUGUCAUUGUACAGUUGAUUGCAUUCUCUCCAACAUCGUGUUCUGCCUUCCUCACCUAGCAUUUACUCUCUAAUGGCAGAAGAAGCCACAUACAUCUUGAAAUGGAUCAGUGUUAGUCCACAAGAAUGUACUCUAGUGCUGAGCUGAUCUUUCGAAACUGCUACCAUCUACAGCCUUCACUAAGGCUGUCUCAAUUGUAAUCUCUCUGCAUCUGAUUCAGCGCUCAAAACAACGCGCUGAAUCGAGGUCUUAUCAGGCUGAAAUGUUCUUUUUCGAGGUGGCAGUUCAUCGCUUUUCCCGAGUCUGCCAGUACAGUCUCAAUCAAGUUGCCAUGUGCGCAUGGUCCUCACAGCUUACAAGACUUCAAUCCAAGUUCUAGAAUCCCUUGGGGGGAAUUCACCUCAAUGGAGGAGAUGACCUCUCUUUUGCCGACUUGGCAUGAUUGCAGCAGUUACGACCAUGCUUGGCCUAAGAACCUGGUUGCAUCAUGGACACAUGUUACUGGUGUUCUGCCAGUGAUCAUUUGGUUGCAACACUUCCUCUACAGUACCCGUUUCUGAUGUACGGCAUCAACGCAUGAAGCAGCCAGGCCCAGCUGGGUCUAUUCAACUUGGAGACUUGGUUAUUUAAUGUCUCGUUGCUUGUAAUAUAGCUGCUGUCUAUCCAAAGGCUCGCUGAGUUCUUGUUUCCGAAUCAUCCUUGAGGCUGAAUCAUUUAAACUGUCUGGAUCUGAUCUGGGGUAUUUGUGUAUAUGGCCCUUUCGAGUUAUCUUUUCGAGUUGGUGGUCUAUCUGAAAGUAGGUCCAAAUUCCAGGAAUAUUGAAAUUGCAAACCUCCAGUUAGUUUUGUGAUGGUAAGCAGGUGGGUACAUUGUACAGAUGGUGGUUUGUGGAUCAGAUGUUGAGAUGGGUGUCAAUGCUCAGUUCCAGCGCUCAAUGUCUGUGGUACCAGCUGCAUUUGAGAUAGAAGAUACUAGUACAUCUGGAGCUUCAAAUUCGUAUAUGGAAAGACUAACUGAGGUGUGUCAGUACGUCGUCUAGGAGGCACCCCAUUCGUCAUCUAACAUACAUGAAAGCUUACCGUCGUUGUCAUUUCCUGGGUCGGAGGUAACACCUGUCCUAGUCUUCCAAGUGCUGACGAGCUGAGGUCCCAUAAAGUCUCCCUAGAAAUUAUUUGUAAGGAUCGAUUUCUUUUGGAGGGUGGUUUUGUUGUGGAUAGUAGUUAUUUUCUCUCACUGGUAAUCGAAGGGUUCGUUUGUCUCGGGAAUCUUGGCGUUUUCACGGCAGUCAGUCGCAUUCUCAGCACAUGGUGUUCUCCCGUUCGAUGGCCACUGUUGAGUUUUAGUGAAACCUUUGAAAUCACAUGAAAGGCAUGUAGUUUUACGUCGUGUAAGCUGUGUGAAAUUCCUACUUGCGGACUUUCCAUCGUCAUGGGUUGCGGAUACGGUUUUGCAGAAGUGCUCUUAGUACUGUACUGUUGGCUCUCCAGUACCCGAUACACAAUACAACAGGAAAGGGCAUAUCCAUCGAUAAAUACCCCACUGAUUUGCGGCUACAAGAAGGGUGACCUAUGCAAGGUACCUCAAAUGUCGCGCUGGGGCCGUUUACACCAUCCAAAAGAUUUAAAACCAUUGUAAGAGGAGCUAAGCUACAAUAUUAUAUCAUCAAGCUAUGAAAAAAAAUGUACAGCUCAAUGUCGCUAUUAAGCAAUAUCCCAGCCAUUUUCUCCCCUGGCUUGCACUUGGAAGUAAGUGGGAGAUUGGGCUGACCCAACACGGUUGUAUCUGCCCACAGUGAAUUACAAUCCAGUGACUUUAGUUAUGGUUGGAGGGCGGUAACCUUGAAGACUAUUGAACAUACGUUCAAUAUGCCCAUUGCAUCAAACCUUGAGAGUUCCUUUGACGUACAACGGAUGAGGGUACUGACUGAAGUGUCCAAAGCACACUAGGACUCGAGUUCGGAGUUCAGCUAGCUAGUGGAUAUAGUCCUUUUCGGCCAUUUACAUACUGUUUUAGUAAAGAGGAACACUAAUCAUGUCCUCUAUAGAUCACAUACCCCUAAAGAUUUCAGAUACUUCUAUUCUUUGAAUUCGGGAAAUAUUUUCAUGCCAGAGCAUUGGGUCGGAGAUGGUCAUGAGCAAUCCCUGUUGGGUGAGGAGCUCUGAGAGUUUUCGACACUAAAUGCGGAAGUCUCCAAUGUCAUUAAAUUACUCUCGAUUCCAUUGCCACUAAAUGCGGAAAUCUCCAAUGUCAUUAAAUUUAUCUCGAUUCUCGGUGCUGGCAAAAGAUCCCAAAAGUUGAAACUGAAUACAUUUUGUUGUGAUGAAUUCAUGAGGAAUUUAUAUAUCAUAAACGUAAAACCAAAAAUAGCAGUGAAAUAUUCAAGCCAGACAAAAACACGAGAGACACGUCGAAUGACGUAGUUCACUCUGAUUAACAAAUCGUACGGAGUAGAAACCUUGGAGUUAUGUAUAUUCCCA